GUACGGCAUCCCAUUUUUGAACAAUUCUACCACAAUAAUUCUCCAAUCACCCAUAAAAAAGUUACGCAAUUGAUGGUUACUGUAUGGUCUAUAUAAACGAAAACCAGCAUUGAAAAGUUACAUCGCAAGUGUCUCUGAAAGUGUAAGGGCUGAGAGUAAGUGCUACAAUGGCAGAAGAAGUGAAGGUGUUUGGUGUUUGGGGAAGCCCAUUUAGCCGCAGAGUAGAGAUUGCUCUGAAAAUGAAGGGUGUCAAAUAUGAAUUCAUAGAAGAAGAUUUGGCCAACAAGAGUCCUCUUCUUCUUAAGUACAACCCUGUUCACAAGAAGAUUCCGGUGCUCUUGCACAAUGGAAAGCCAAUCUGUGAGUCUCUUGUUAUACUUGAAUACAUAGAUGAGACCUGGAAAGGCACUUCCAUCUUCCCCCAAGAUCCUUACAAGAGAGCCGUGGCGCGUUUCUGGGCUAGGUUCAUCGAUGACAAGUGCUUGCCUACGUUAUGGAAGACUUGUUGGAGCCAAGGCGAGGAACAAGAGAAGGGCAAGGAAGAAGCAUGUGAGCUGCUGAAAAUUCUCGACAAUGAACUCAAGGAUAAGAAAUUCUUCGGAGGAGACGCGAUCGGACCAGUUGAUAUUGUUGCUAAUUUCAUAGGCUUUUGGUUGGGAAUUAUCCAGGAAAUAACGGGUGUUGAGGUUUUAACAAAAGAGAAAUUCCCCAAACUAUGCCAAUGGAUUGAUGAGUUCAUCAACUAUAGCAUUAUCAAGGAAAAUCUGCCUCCCAGAGACAAACUAAAGGCCUAUUUCCAAACUCGCCUCCCAAAUAAAUAGCAUACUAAUGUUGCCUCUGCUGUCGAUCCAAAUAAUUGGGACAUAAGUCUUAGUUUAGUUUAGUUUUGGUUUGGUUUGGUUUGGUUUAUGUUGUCCCUGCUGCCGGUAGACCUAAAAUUCUAUUGGCAAUGAAAACCUGCAGAGUUAGAGGCUACCCUUCUAGUCCUGUGUGUUUUUUUUGGUAAUGUUUUGUAUUUCAGUGUUGCCUAUGUUUGAGAAGUUAUUUACCCAGUGGUCAGUGGAUGAUCACAGUAAUGUAUUAAGCUUUGUUGUUGUAACAUCUUCUAGUUGAUGUUGAUGUAUAUGUAACUGUUUUGAAGUUAAGACACUACUUUAUCUUGAUAGAGUUUUCUAAUUUUGAC